AUGUCUUGGGCAGAGUACGUGAACACGUCACUCGUUGGGACUGGCGCUGUUUCAAAAGCGGCAAUUUGCGGUUUUGAUGGAUCUGUUUGGGGGAAAAGUGAUAAUUUUCAGAUAACGGGUGAAGAGGCUGCUGCGGCAGCUCGAGGCUUUAGCAACCCGGAUGCUUUACUCGGCACUGGCUUGAAAUUUGAGGGACAAAAAUUUUUCAUUUUACAGGUUGAUGAUGAGCGAAUUAUUGGGAAAAAGGGUACAAAUGGGUUUUUCGUCUAUAAAACGAAACAAGCUGUAAUCAUCUCAAUCUACGAGGAUGGUGUUCAGCCCGAGGCUUGCUCACAAACGACCGGAAAGUUGGCCGACUAUUUGAAAUCAAUGAACUAU